UAGCGGGGCGGACGCUCUGUGAAGAGGCUGGUGCGGACCGGGGAGCGGCAGAACCACAUCCGGUAGUGGGAGAGCUGUGUGGGCUCCUGCGAGUAGGAAGAGUGGAGGCUGUGUCCCACAGAUUCUGCCAUCAUGAACAUAUUUGAUCGGAAGAUCAACUUUGAUGCACUCUUAAAAUUUUCCCACAUAACUCCCUCAACACAGCAGCACCUGAAGAAGGUCUAUGCCAGUUUUGCUCUCUGUAUGUUUGUGGCAGCUGCGGGGACCUAUGUCCAUGUGGUCACUCAUUUCAUCCAGGCUGGCCUGCUCUCUGCAUUGGGCUCUCUGGGCUUGAUGCUUUGCCUGAUGGCAAUACCUCACAGCCAUGAAACUGAGAAGAAAAGGCUGGCGCUUCUUGCUGGAUUUGCUUUCCUUACGGGAGUUGGCCUGGGCCCCGCUCUGGAGUUGUGCAUUGCCAUCAACCCCAGCAUCCUUCCCACCGCCUUCCUGGGCACAGCAAUGAUCUUCACCUGCUUCACCCUGAGUGCACUCUAUGCCAGGCGCCGUAGCUACCUCUUUCUGGGAGGUAUCUUGAUGUCCGCCAUGAGCCUAAUGCUCUUUUCUUCCUUGGGGAACCUUUUCUUUGGAUCCCUUUGGCUUUUCCAGGCAAACCUGUAUUUGGGACUGGUGGUGAUGUGUGGCUUUGUCCUUUUUGAUACCCAACUCAUUAUUGAAAAGGCUGAAAAUGGAGAUAAGGAUUAUAUCUGGCACUGCGUUGACCUCUUCCUAGAUUUUGUUACCCUCUUCAGAAAACUCAUGAUGAUCCUGGCUAUGAACGAGAAGGAUAAGAAGAAAGAGAAGAAAUGAAAGGCCAUCUAGCCUGUCCCGGUUUGACUUCCCUCCACCCCUCAUUUCCUCUUUGCACACAUUACAGGUGGCGUGUUCUGUGAUAAUGAAAAGCAUCAGAAAAGCUUUUGUACUUUGUGGUUUUCUCUAUUUUGAAUUUUUUGAUCAAAAAACUGAUUAGCAGACUAUAGUUUGGAGUUUGGCUUCACAUUCCCGAGGUUUGUCCCCAUUCCCUUCCUCUCAGCCCCAUCCCUAGCCUCUUCCUUUGCCCAGGCUGCCAGUCCUCCGUGACGAGGAGCGUGACACAGAGGAAGCAAACUCCAGGGGUCUGCUUUCCGACAUGGCGGCACCAAGGGAUUCGGACUGUUCGGUAGCGCCUCCUCGCCUGUCCCUUCCGCAGCGUUACUCAGCUGGCGCGGUUGUUGUGGAACCAGGCAGUGUUUGCCACUGAAAAGAAGUUUGCUGGUGGGUCUGAGCUUCUGUCAACCCCUACAAAAGAUAUGAAGAGCCUCUUUGGUGGAUGCUUUGCUUCCUUGAAUUGCCCAAGUUGCUGCAGGUCUGGCAGACACGCCUUUCUGCCUGGCCGUAUGAAAGGAAUAUGAGUUUGUGUGUGUGUCCCCUUUCCUGUCUCUUUUCUGGCCCUCCACGAGUCGGCCUGCUCUCCGGCCAUGGGGUGGGAGGAUUUCAGCACAAAGGGAAGACCUUUUCUUGUGUGGCAUUUAUGAAAAGGCUGUGUGGCAACCAUAGAAUCCCCAAACUUCCUGAGUUUUUUUUUUUUUUUUUUUUUUAAACUGGUUAUCACCUUAGUUGCUCCACCAGCUGACUGUGUUAAAUGUUCUAGAAAGGAAGAUACAGGGAAGGGGAUUGGUUGAGCCAUGGGGGUAGUUGGAACUAAUCCUGGGAGACAAACCCAGAGAAGGACUUGUUUGGGGGAGGGGAGAGCUAAAGCUGAUAUAACUGAGUGGUUCUUUGAUCAGAUCAACAGAGUGGGAAUGUGAUGACGUGGGCGGCAGCAUUCCUCACAGUUCCUCGGUGCAUUUCUCUCAUUUCCCACCUUGACACAGUGGUCUCAAGCCAGAGACUCGGGGCAGUAGGUGUUUGUUUUCCACAUGUGCUUUAGUUUUUGGCUUGUUUACCUGUUGAACAAAAAUGUACAACCUUCCAGAGGAGGCCCAGGUACUAAACCUGCAGUAUCUGAUCCCCUGCAGUUUUGUGCUUGCAGGUGUAGGAGGCAGUGCUAGUGGGGAUCCCCAGCUCCUCCCGGGGGUGGCGGACGGACAAGCAGCCUUGGCAGCUUGUAGUUCUGGGAUUUCAGGGUAAAGGGGCCUGAGCCAUUGAAGGCGCGCGGCGGCUGGCCUCCCCGUGAGGCUGUCGCUGUGCACAGCCGGCGGCCCACGGAGUCGCCCCGUGGCUGUGGGGGCACAGUGCACCUAGGAACAGAAUGCUUUGUUCCUGGGCUGUGUGUAUUCCUGGAGGGACAUGACACUGCUGCCUCCAGUCUCUGGCUUGAGAACUUACUAAAGCGACUUCCUUCUCAUGCAACCCCCACUAGCAACUUUCCACAAAUUGGUUGAUUCUCUGCUAGUUCUGAGAAUCUGAAUUAUAUCUCUUGAAGCCAAACUCCACCUCUUGUGCUUUUUUGCUUGGGAUAAAGGAAUUUUUCUUUAGAAACAGUGCCAAGAAUGACAAGAUAUAAAAAACUACUUUUAAAGAAAAUGCCUAACAGGUUUUUAAUACAGUAAUCACUGUAAUUAUCACUUUCUUUUCUAGUUCCUUCGUUUUCAGCUCAGGCUGCAUUCUCUAACUCAUACUGUGAAGACAAAGGUGUUUUUGAUUCAGAAAUAUAUGAGAUCUACAUAGUCUUAAUUUGUAAAAAAUAAAGAAAAUUCCUUAACCUUUCCUGGUAGUGUG